AUGACGUCUAAAGCAAUUACACCGGUCUUCUUAUUCGCUCAUGGCUCGACCAUGAUGCUAGGCGAGGACUCUGAGCCGGCAAGAGUAUGGGAAGAGGUCGGAAACGAGGCUCUGCGCAGAGGCAUAAAAAGAAUAGUGAUGAUGGGCGCACACUGGGAGUCUCCCGGCGACAUGAUCGAGGUCAGCAUGAAUCCAAACCCUAAAUUACUUCCUGUCGGCUCCGUCAAAGAUUCCCGUUGGAUGCCUUACAAGAUGGUGCCAGACCUUGAGGGCGGAGAAAGGGUCAUCAAGCUCCUCUCCAAGGCGGGAUUCAACGCCAAGGCAGCACCCAAGUUUGACUGGAUACACGACACGUUUCUCGUCAUCAUUCGCAUGUUUCCACACUGUAUCCCACUUCCAACCACCAUUGUGUCCAUGAACGCACGCUACGAGCCACAUUACCACCUCAAGCUUGGAACCGCACUUCGCCCGUUACGUUACGAGGACACGCUCAUAAUCGGGAGCGGAGGGUCGGUACACAAUUUAUACCGCAAUCAUUGGGCUGACAUGCUGCUUUACCGGGACAACUUUGCUCAACCUGUACCGCCCGGGACAUGGGCUCUUGAGUUCAGACAGGCGGUGGAAGACGCCGUCACCAACAACACGGGCCCGGACCUUCGAAGGGCUAUAACAAGAUUGAUGAAGCACCCGAGAUACAAAGAGGCGCAUGGUACGGAUGAUCAUUGGAUGGCGUCUCCCUUUGUAGCCGGCGCAGCGGGACACAAGGACGAUGUGGGCCCAAACACAAUGAUUGCCGAGUGUUGGGAGCUUGUCAACAUGUGUAACACGCAGUAUCAGCUCGGUAGUUGGGACGAUUACAAGAAAAUGUAA